AAAUAGAAGAGCUAUAAAUCACCCUCCAGUGAAGAACCCCGGACACUUCCACAACCACCUGAAGAAGGACGGAAGAAACUUCUGAUCUUUCUGGAAACAAAAGAUGAUUCUGCCAGUGGUGUUCCUGUGUCUCACAGCUGUGCUGCCUCCAUCCACUGGAGAGGAACCUGAAGGUUUCGAUGCUCUGUCAACUAGCAAAGCAAGUCAGCAAAAGCUGAUUGUUGACGGACAUAAUACCCUCAGGAGAGGAGUGAAACCAACUGCCAGCAACAUGUUGAAGAUGGAAUGGUGUCCUCCAGCUGCAAAGAAUGCCCAAGAAUGGGCCAAUCAGUGUACUUUGAGUCACAGUCCUGGUAACAUGCGGAGAACCACUGUACAAUGUGGUGAAAAUCUCUUCAUGUCAUCCGCCCCUUUCCCAUGGUCAGAUGUUAUUGACGCCUGGUACAACGAGAAGAAAGAUUUCAAAUAUGGAACUGGAGCAAAAACACAAGGUGCUGUGAUUGGCCAUUACACUCAGAUGGUUUGGCACAAUUCUUAUCAAAUUGGAUGCGCUGUUGCUUUCUGUCCCAACAGUAAAUACAAAUACUUUUAUGUCUGCCAGUACUGUCCCAUGGGGAAUCUACAAAGUUCAAUUCAGACACCCUACAAAGAAGGAGAACCCUGUGGUGAUUGCCCUAAUGCUUGUGAGAACGGAUUAUGCACCUUAGAAGUUUGAAUAUGUUUAUUCCAACUACCUUGGCAAAGUCUCCUGGAUGUACCCAUAGCUUCGUCAAGUUCACUGCUCUGCUUCCUGGCAAUGAAAAAGUGAAAUAAAAUAAAAGGCUCAACUUUUCCCUCCUGGACAUCCAUCUCCUUAGUGACUUCUUUCACAAAACCAGAUUCCAUCCUGCCUCUCCACAUUUGCAGAAGGACUAACUUCAGUCCAGUGACACACAAGAAAAAGCUGUAGGAGGAUGUAUAUAUUCUAUUCGUAUAAUGGUCUCGAACAUAGUGGAGAUCUUAAUUGAAAUUUGGCAUUUGGGUACCAGAUAUAUUUAAUGAUUAGCUUCUCACAUCUUUUUUUUCCCCAAAAUGUUAUCUAAGGAGCAUUGUUUAAAGUUCUGUGGUUCCAUAUGUUUCAUAUGUUCUCAGCAUAGAUGGGUAGUCCUUGGUCAUGCAACUAGUCUUAACUCGAUCAACCUUUAAACUACUGCACUGUUAACAAGACCAGAAGAUAUACAGGAUUGCUUGAAAUAUGUAGUUCUCAAAAGGAAUUAGGAGAGCAGAGCAGUUUCCACUAGAACUGUUCCUGUUUAGAAUCUUUGUCUUUUGCUGACAUACAUUCUACCGUAAAACACUCAGUCGUAAAAAAAAAAACUGGAGUUCAUUUAAUUAAUGAUCCUGUUUAUACUAUAAGAUUGCACUUACCAUAAAUACAGGUAACUAAAUCUGCCUUCUAAUGAAGAAGAACUGUCUGAGAAAAGGGCUUAAUUCACAAUAAUAGAUAGCGAAGGGCGAAGGUCCCUGCAUUUGGAAACUUUGCUUUUAAUAAUAAGCAGAGGUGUCUUUCAAAAUUAUUUUUUUUAAUAUCUGCUUUUGCUGCAUCAAUCAUUAAAUUACUCAUUCUUCUCUGA